AUGGCUUUAAAAUUCUGGAAACCGGGGGCUGCAGGACCAGGAAGUACACUCGACCGAGCGACAGAACUAGAAGAAAAUGUGAUCCAAUCUGCGCCAGCCUAUUCCUCCUUAUCCGUCCAGGGCCAGCGAGAACGAUUACCUAUUUACAAGCACCGUGAAAAAUUGUUAUAUUGUGUCGAGAAAUAUGGUGUUACCAUCGUGGUCGGUCAAACAGGAUGCGGUAAAACAACUCAACUUCCCCAAUAUUUAAUGGAAUCGGGAUGGGCCUCUGAAGGCAAUGUCAUUGCUUGCACCCAACCUCGACGUGUUGCUGCUACGUCCGUCGCUGGACGCGUCGCCACUGAAGUGGGUACUGUGUUAGGAGAUGAGGUCGGAUAUACGAUUAGGUUUGAAGAUGUCAGUGAUAAACAGAAGACGCGGAUUCUGUACAUGACGGAUGGAAUGCUUUUUCGAGAGACGUUAGUCGAUCCUUUGUUGAGUCGGUAUAGUGUUAUCAUGCUGGACGAAGCACAUGAACGAAGCGUGUACACCGAUCUUCUCUUGGGUGUCUUGAAAAAAAUACGCCGUAAACGACCCUCACUUCGCCUCAUUGUUUCCUCUGCUACUCUCGAUGCCACCUCCUUUCUGGAAUACUUCACUGCUUCAAAUUCGUCCGAGGAAGCAACUAUCGUCAGCUUGGAGGGAAGGUUAUAUCCUGUAGAGGUGGCCUACCUCAAGGAGUCUGUAGCUGACUAUGUCAGAAAGGCUGCUGAGUUAGCGGUCGAUAUCAAUCUCAAACAAGGUCCCGGCGACAUAUUAGUCUUCCUCACUGGCCGCGAAGAGAUUGAAAAUUGCCUCGAAUAUUUGUCCGAACUGUUACCAACGUUACCCCGCACUGCUACUCGCCUCGUUCCUCUUGCACUCCACGCAGGUCUUACAACGGAAGAACAGUUAGCAGUGUUUGAACCUCCAGAUCGUGGGACGCGAAAAGUUAUAAUAUCUACAAAUAUCGCAGAAGCUAGUGUGACAAUCGAAGGCAUCAAGUUUGUCGUGGAUUCCGGGUUUGUCAAGAUUCGAGUUUAUAACCCUACUACGGCGCUGGCGUCCUUGGCUACAGUACCUACCUCUAAGGCAUCUGCAACUCAACGUGCAGGCAGGGCUGGACGGACGUCAUCUGGAAUAUGUUACCGUCUAUAUCCAUUGGAGGCGUUCGAUUCGUUACCUCCUUCCACACCUGCAGAGAUUACUCGGACGGAUUUAACGACCCCUGUACUUCAAUUAAAGUCAUUGGGGAUUGACAAUCUGAUGAAGUUUGAAUGGGUGUCUGCACCACCGGCAGAGAGCCUCUUGAGGGCUUUAGAAGGACUUUUUGCUGCAGAAAUGAUAGGUGAAGAUGGGAAGCUGACGGCGGUUGGCCAAAAAGUUGCAGAGUGCCCGGUGGAGAUGGGAAUUGCGAGGAUGUUAUUCAAAUCGAAAGAGUAUCAAUGCGGGGAAGAAAUUCUGACAAUUGCUGCUAUGACUGCGGUUCAGGACGUUUUUGUGAUUCGAGAUGGAGCGCAAGGGGCGCUUGAUGAGCUCGAAAGACGCAAAUUCACCGCUGAGGAAGGUGACCAUCUAACUCUGCUGAAUGCAUACAACGCUUUUACGCGAUACGGUCGAGCCUCUGGAUGGUGUAAAAACCAUGCGAUAUCGUUCCGAGCCAUGUCCCGUGCUGUUUCGAUACGUGCUCAGUUGAAAAAGUUCAUGCAGAGGUUUGGUUUACCAGUGGAGAGUUGUCAAGGGGAUGCAAAACGGCUCAGAAGAUGUCUUGUUGGUGGGUAUUGGAGGAAUGGAGCCAAGUGGGUUGGGGAUGGGACGUAUCGGUCUGUGAGGGGGAAUAAGGUUCUGUACGCUCACCCUACGUCCGUUCUGUUCACGAGAAAACCUCGAUCGGGAUGGGUUGUUUUCCACGAGAUGGAGGAGACGAAAAAGACGCAGAUUAGGAUAAUCACAGAGAUUGAAUCCAAUUGGUUGAUUGAACAAGGCCACCGGUAUGAAGGAAAGGGGGAGGCACCCUCGUAA